AGCAAGCUCGUCACUAAGCAUCACGUCGGCGCAGGAAGGAAAAAGGUACAGCACGCAGGGGAGGGAUCUGUACGUCCGUCAUGUUCGCGCGGCUAGGGAUCGGGACGCACAGGACGCGCUGCGCUUUUUAAGACCUGCGCCCACCCAGAGCAGGACACGGGGACGACUGCGCGAUGUCCCACUUAUAGUUAACGAUCACAGAUGAACUGGUGCUCGAAUGUACGUCGGCGUACAGAAUAUGAUGGAACUUCCCAGCCUCCCGGGAUUUAUUUGGAUACACGCUUUUGAUUUCGGCAUCCAAACCGGACUCAGUUGUGCGGGUCUGUUUGCAGCGACGCACGUCUGAAAAGAGCUCUGUUACCAUCACAUAAGAAAGUGUUUUGUUAGCUAAUGGAUCCAUAACUCUGAUCAUUUAACCACAACCAGUGAGCUAAACUCCGAGAGGGAGAAGGUGCGCGCCGCGCCGCGCCGCGUCUCUUCUGUAGAAAGUUUUCACUGGAUUACUGCCGACCAGAAACUGGGGAAUAUACUGGCACUCGAAGGAAAAUGUAUGGAAUUAACCCGCGCUGUUUUUAUUUAUCUUUUCAUCUCUUCGUGGUCUGGUGUCACGCACAGGGGGAGAAUCACCCUUCUCCUAAUUUUAACCAGUAUGUGAGGGACCAGGGGACAUUGACGGACCAGCUCAGCCGGCGUCAGGUCCGGGUGUACCAGCUUUACAGUCGAACCAGCGGGCGCCACGUCCAAAUCCAGGGAAAGCGAGUGACCGCCACGGCCGAGGACGGCAAUACUUUCGCCAGGCUGUACGUGGAGACAGACACAUUUGGCAGCAGAGUUCGGAUCAAAGGAGCGGAGAGCGGCCGAUACCUCUGCAUGAACCGCGGAGGGAAACUGGUAGGAAAGAUGGUACUGAGGAGGAAAGUUCCUUCCCAUCCAUUCUGUGAUAGUCAGAUGUCAAGCUGUUACAUCCUACAAAGAAGUGGGAGGUCUUCUGCACUUUGGAUUUGCCCUUACAAAAAGGUGACUGGAAAAAGCAUGGACUGCAUCUUCACCGAGAUCAUGCUGGAGAACAACUACACGGCCUUCCAGAACGCAAGGUACGAUGGCUGGUACGUGGCCUUCACCGGGAAAGGCCGGCCCGUCAAGGCCUCCGCGACCCGGCAGAACCAAAGGGAGGUCCACUUCAUCAAGCGUCUCCACAAAGGACCGCUACCCUUCCCCAACUCAGACCGGUCCAGGCGCUUUGAGUUCAUCGACUUCCCUCCAGUGCGCCGAGCCAAGCGCAACAGGAAGUCCCGUGCCACUUCCUAAAAGGUGCGCGACACUAUCAAAAAGGACUGGUUUUUGUAUCUAAGAAGAGUCAGCUUUAUUUUUUUAUAUUUUGACAGGGAAGGGACAAAAAUAUGCAAAACAUAACAAAACAAAACAGUCAUUAUAAAGAGGUGAGCUGUAAAUAUGGUAAGAUAGUAAAAGAUGAUGUAUAUAUUUAAUAAGCUCAAUGGUUUUUUGUGUGUUGAGUGAGCGCUUUGUGAAGAGAGACACUGGAUUAAAACAUAUUCAGUAAUAAACAAGAUA